UUUUUAAUUAAACCCAUUUAAGAUUCCUCGUCCCCAACAAGCAGAAUCGGCUCAAAUUCCUCCGUCGUUUUCCUGGUCUCAUCUCCCCCUUGCACCGCCGUAAGCAACCUUUAAUCGGUGAUUUCAAUGGCCCCGCCGCCCCUCGAUCCGUCGAAUCAAGAGUUCAUCAGGAGGAAAAAAAGUGCUCCGAUCAAAUUCCUGGUUCCUCUAAUCUAUGCUCCUGUCCUCCCUCUCAUUAGGCUUACGCUCCGGCAUCGACCGGUUUUGAGGGAUCGACUAUUUACCGCAGUCUUGGCUGGAGCUUUCGCUCAUGGAAUGUACUUGGUAAGCGAUAUUUACGAUGCUGAGAGCAAGUGAAAUAUAUUUGGUGGUCACGAGUUUGGAAUCAUUCAACUUUGCGGUGGAUGGCUUACGGAAGAACGGGUUUCAGCAUACAUAUGCAGAACAUUUAUCGUUUAAUUUUUUGACUGAAUUAUUUUAUUGGUUUUUCAGCUGACAGUGGAUUUGAUCCUCUUGAAGCAGGACUUAUAUCAGACAUCAUAUAUUUGUCUCUUCUCGGACCUGUAAUUUUGUAGGAUAAGUGUUCAUUGUGCCGAAACAUGUAUUGAAUUUGUCCGAAUGAAAAUAAGACAGGUGCAUACAUUCAUGAUUUAU